AUGAACAGGAUACCAGAUAUCAUUCAUAGUCCAACUUCUCUUCUUAUUUUCCUGCUACUCAUCUUAAAUCGAGCCAUUCGACGCCUCGUACCGUCCAGAAGGAUCUGAUACGUUUUUGGUAGCAUUACUGUGCAUCUUGAAGCUGAUGGAGCCACAAGUUGCAAGUGCAGCGUUCCAGAAGAACAUGUCUGCCUCAACAAGCGACCCUGCUGGAAGGGUUGCGUAGACGCGGCGCCAAAUCACAUCUUGGUACUGGCUUAAUGGCUUCCUGGCUCUCGAGAGUGUCCUAUUUCUCGUGUCUCGGUAGCCGAGUUUUACCUUGAGGCUUUUGCAAGAAUGCGUCCCAGCUAUGACGAUGUGUCGUCAUGCGGCAUGACGAAAGAAGGCUCAGCCCGUCUUCGCCCCAGACGUUAUAGGAUGUCUCGUAGACUGCAGCAACCUGGGCGUCGUAUCAAGGCCAAACGGCUGCAGUACAACGCGGAUGAGCCAACGUCUUGUGGUGAGAUAGAUCUACGCAUCUCUUGA